UUACAAGUUGGAGUGGUUAUAUGAUUUAUUCGUACAUCAUAGAGCUGCUUCCAGCUGGGCAUAUGCGACUAGAGCAUAUCUAUUGAUGUUGGUGGGUUCCACCAUAUUUGCUGAUAAGACCUUUACACUUGUAGAGGCACGAUACCUCCUCCUGUUUAGGGACUUGGAUGGAUGUUCAGGAUAUAGUUGGGGAGCAGUUGCACUAGUUACCCUCUACCGAUAUCUUGGAGAUGCGUCCAUGUACAGUUGCAAACAACUCGGUGGAUAUCCUACUCUCCUACAGUGUUGGAUUCACGAGUACUUUCCAACUGUUGGAAAAAGAGGGGAGAAUUGGAAACCUGCUGAUAACUGUGGUCUUCCCCGAGCGAUGAGAUGGUCGUAUAGGCAGGGAGUCCUGAAGGUCGAUGAUUUACGACCUAUUUUGGACGAGCUGACACCUGCCGACGUCAUAUGGCGACCAUUCGAGGAUCAUAGAGCAUGGUGUGUAUUUGAUGAGAUAUGUCUUUACAGGGCUGUUUGA